UCAACCUGCCUCUAGCAACUUACCCUGAAAAGUAGUUGGCAACACUGGCCUCUAGCAACUUACCCUGAAAAUUAGUUGGCAACACUGGUUCCAUAGUUACUGUCAGGGCCACCACGACUCUUACAGCAUAAAAUGGGUCCCUACACAAUCACCUACUUUGGAGUCCGAGGGCGCUGUGGCGCUAUGAGAAUCAUGAUGGCCGACCAGGGACAGGAAUGGAAGGAGAUCGUGGUGGACUUUGCGGACUGGAUGAAGGGAGAUCUGAAAGCCACUUGUGUAUUUGGUCAGUUGCCCAAGUUAGAAGAUGGAGGAUUUGCCCUGUACCAGUCAAAUGCCAUUCUGAGGCACUUGGGCCGCAAUCAUGAUGCCUAUGGGAAAGAUGGCAAGGAGGCUGCGCUCAUUGACAUGAUGUGUGAUGGCGUUGAGGACCUUCGUCUUAAAUACGUAAAAAUGAUUUACCAGGAAUACGAUACUGGUAAAGACGCAUACAUCAAAGACCUCCCUAACCACCUUGACAAGUUUGAAGCUGUGAUGGCCAAAAACAAGACUGGUUUUCUUGUUGGCGACAAGCCUUCCUUUGCUGACUAUAGUCUGUUUGAAGUCCUGCUCAACCACCUGGUGCUCUGCUCCUGUUGCUUGGAUACCUUCCCCUCCCUGAAGAAUUUUGUCGAGAAGAUGUCUGCCCGUCCCAAAAUCAAGGCCUUCCUAGACUCUGACGCCUACAAGAAACUGCCCAUUAACGGCAAUGGCAAACAGUGAAUUCUGCUGAACAAAGGAGGCUAAAUUCCAUCCCUUAUACUGUAACCUGAAUUGUCAUGGAUAAUAACCAUUUUUUUUUGUAGGUCAAACUUACACAUUAGCCUCCGAUAAGCUUGUUGUUAACUUUAUGUACAAUUGUUAGAUACUAAUGACUUUUGUAUGACAUGAUUAAUUGUCAUGUGUUCAAAAAAUAAAGGGCUUUUUGAAAAGCACUUUUGAACUUAAA